CCAGGUCAAAACAAUUUCGCCACAUGCAAACGAGAAUGGACAAAAAUUGGUUGCUAUCAAGAUAGAGAUACACCUUCCCGACUACUCCCUGAGAUGCUGUUGAACGACAGGGAUAGAAACAGUAAAUACCAUGAGCAGGGUUAUCUUCUGAACUGGCACAGGUGGAAAGAAUCGAUUCACAGGUAGGGUAAAUUUUAUCAAACGCAUACAAAAGUAUUGUUACGUUACAUUGUAUAACACAAGAAAUCAAUAACUCUAUAAAUGAAGGAAAACUAGAUACCAUCUGAUUAGAAUAGAUCCAAGCUUCGCGUCAUCAAGUUUAGGUCAUAACUACAGCAGUAACAUAUACACAUAUGUAUAUUUCUAUUUCUAUUUAUCUAUCUUAAUAUUCUGUCCAUCUAUCCAUCCUAUCAAGCUACAGAUUCGCCAUUUUCAUCAAAAUCGCCACUCGCUAAGGCCGGAGCCCUUUUGCCAUCUAAUUUGAAUAUUCGCCAAAGCCAUGGCAAAUUUUCCGCCAGAUUCUCUGAUUUUGUCACAUUCGCCAUUUUCGCCAAAAUUGUCACUUUACAAGGGGAGCCCCUUGAUAUCUCAUUUGAACUCCCAAAUGUACGCUAAAUUUCCCAUUUUCGUCACAUUUUCAUUUUUGUCAAAUUUGACAUUUUUGUCAAAUGCGCCAGUAUACAAGGCGCGGCUCUUAAUAUCUCCCUGGAAUUUUCGCCAACCCUCUGGCAAAUUUUUGCAAGAUUUGCCAUUUUCGCCGUUGAAUGCAUUUCUGGACAUAAGUGUCUAUUAAAGUUAGCGUUGGAAAUUUCAUUCUAAAUAUAUUAUUAAACAAGUUUGAUUUACUCCCUUUAGCCUUGCCUGUCGCUGUGCCGAAAGAGCCCUGCAAAAAGGUUAUAAUUACUUUGGUCUGCAGUUUUACGGCGAGUGUUGGAGCGGACCGUUCGCCGAAUUCAAUUACAGUCGCGCCGGCGUGUCAGACAGAUGUAUCAUGAAUCUUAAAAAACCAACCGCCUGCGUACAAGCUCAAGAUCAGGAAUGUGUCGGGCAGCAGCUUACUAACUACAUCUAUAAGCUAACAUCAAGUAAGAACCAUCAGUCAGUGCCGGAUCAAAAUGUUUGAUAGUCCAUAGCCUGGAGAUACAGCAAGGGAUGUUCCUCACCCGGAACAGGGAACUUAGCUUAAACAAGGGUUAAGUUCCCUAAUGUCCCUAGUGGCGAGGAGCGAGGUGACACGGCUGUAUUCGCAGGCUGUGUAUCCCAGGGCUCGCGGUUUCACAUUCGCCGUAUCUGGCCGCGGACCGCUCGCGCAUAAUAAGUGUCACCACAUUAAUUGUUAACCCGCCAAAUUAACGUUUCCAUCGUUAAAACACUUUAAAGUAAGGGGGUGUUUUACAUGACACCUGCGCGAGCUCAAUCUGGUUCCCUCUCGUGGCUCCGUAUUUGUUUACAUGAUACCACCACAAAAUGUCAUGUCGGCGUGAGUUCACCCCGGUUAUUGUACCAGAGCGAGAAUUUCUGACUCCGGCACGGGUAUCAUGUAAACGCAAAAUGACCACUCGAAAUCCCGAGGAGGCAUCCUAGCAGCUCGCGCGUAUAUAUACAAAAAUACUUACACUUGAAAUAUGCAGUCAGUAUAAGGAAAAAAAUCUAGGCCCGACUUGUUUGAUCAGGGGCCGCAUGGAAACGUUGGGUAAUGAUGACGUUACUAUUGUUGACGCCCGCAAGUAUGAAAUGGUUAGGAUGACGUAAAACAGAAAAUGCCCAAAGGGACCACUUUGGUCUGUGGAGCAGGCGUUUUGAAAGUAAUGGACCAAAAGACACUCUUUAAGUUAACCCCUUUGGGCAUGCACGUGCUCAAAGGGAUUAAUUGCAUAACAGAACCUCUACUAGCAUCAGAUUGUCGUUUAUCAUAUUUCACUACUCGUUGGAUGUUUUUUCGUGACGCAUGUUAGAGUUGCUUUUGGAUUGCCUUUUGCUCUUCGUUAGUCUUUCCCCCCAUGAUGGUUAAACCAAGUAAGACUAGUAAAUGUCCCGGUUGUAAAGUUUAAAAUCAGCAUACGACUUUGGCCCUCCGGCAAACAUUGCCCUGGCCCCGACUUGGUCGAGGACGACUCAGCACACUCCGAGACCGCGGCGGCUGCACCCCCGGACAAUAUGGAUUCUAAUGUCAUUCUUAUCGAGUCCUUUGCCGAUGAAGUUAUAAGGGGCGUAUAUAUACAGUUUCAGAGUUUGCCAAACACGAGUUUAUCAUUCACAAAUCUUUGAUUCGCAACGAUUUGCCAGACACAACUCUCUUUGGAGGAAUAUAAAGUCUCCGUCCACAAACAAGCAAGUCUCACUAUACAAACGAGUGAAUCAACUGCUAGCUUAUCACUAGCAGAACGAAGGACGAUCACCAUUACGGAAUUGAAAUUCGCUAUUAAAGUGAUUAAAUUCUGCGCUGACGUAUCCCCUGCUCACAAAUGUCCUUCUAUAAAGUCUUUGUUUUAAGUGUUACCUUGCGUAAAAAGUGAAAAAGAAAUAGCGAAAACUUAACACUUCUAAUCAAACCUUUACUUGAGGUUUUUCUUGUGGCGGGGUCAACUGUAGUGUCAACUAUUACUAACUUAUCAACAUGAAGAGUAUUUUCAUAUAAACGUGAAAUGAAUUGACCCAGUCAUGAUGUAAACGCGUUACGAAAUCAAGAAGUCAUCCCGGUAUGAAACUCACGCCGGUACAAGUUUUCUCACGUAAACCGCCCCCUAUGUGUGGUCCAAACAUUUCACAUAAACAUCCCAAAACAAGACCUCCAGUUAAGUAUAAUAAAUUUCCUUUCCAGAUCCAGGUCCUCAGAGCCCGGAUGUUGACGGUGGUUACACCGAUUGGUCUCAAUGGAGUAAAUGCAGCAAGUCAUGUGGAAUAGGGCGAAAGUCACGUGAGAGGACCUGCACCAAUCCCAAACCACAAGGCAAUGGAAAGUCAUGUCGCCGACUUGGCUGGCCAGACGAUUCAACGAUGUGUUAUCAGGAAUGCAACAGUAAGACAGCCAUUGCCUCGAUACACAGUUUACCUAAUUUUCCUCUAACCUUAGCUCAAAUCAGGCUUUAAAGAAUUAUUAAACUACUUCGAACUGCGAAAAACCGUACAUUAAAGGUUUCUUUGCCCGUAAACCAUUGUUCAAAGUGGCGUAAUGAUCCAUUUGUCCCCGAAUAAAAUAAACGGAAGUAUCAGAAGAAAAACGCAAAAAAAUGGCCACGACGCAAAGCAAAUCCAUGAGGAUUAACGGAAAAAACGGGGACUAUUCUUAUUACUACCGGUUGCAUUUAAUUUCUUAGCUGGUUUGAUAUCACUGAGAAUGAAGUUUCCUGGAAAAGGUUUUAAUGAUAGGAUAACCCAAAAAAAGCAACAAAGCUUUAAAAAUUAAAAGUUGUUUAGAGAAAUAAAUAUGUGUGACGUCUAUUUUAGCAUCUUCAAGUCAAGGCUUUUAAAAUCAUGGCUGAGCGACAUUUCUAGUGGUUUGAAAUGCUUGGUUGAACAGCAAUUUAAAACUGAACCUUAAAGGAAAAGCGUUUAAAGCAGCUUAUUUAUUUUAUUCCUAUUUUCCUUUAAGACUGUGAUAGGGUGAUGGAUGUCGGCAUCGACAUCGACUCCUCAAGCAGCGUUCGGCGCAAGAAUUACGAGAAAGUGAAAGCCUUCCUAAUCCAGCUGGUUGACAAGAUGCACAUUUCGCAUCGAAUGACACACGUUGCUGUCAUUCAUUACAAUCACAAAGCGUAUCUGGACUGGGACUUUAAAUCAGACCGCGCCCAGAACGCCGUCGCUCUCAAAAAAGCCAUCGUGAAUCUAAAGUACCAACCCGGAGGGACUAGGACGGACAAAGCGAUGGAUAAGUCCAUGGAGGUGAUGUUUAAAGUGGAUCACGGUCAGAGACCUGAUGUUCCUCAUGUACUGUUUGUUCUAACAGAUGGAAAGACUAGCUCGAGAUCGAAACCUUACAAGAAAGUUCUCAAAGCUUACAAGGUAAACAUGUAUUCAAACCUUCACACACACUUUUCUUCAAAUAGACGCUAACUGCAAUAGUUUAAUAUGAUAAAUACAAUUGCUUAAAUUGAGAGUGAACUUAACUAAUCCAAACAAAUCCAAGUCGACAGAGACUCAGAGGCUUUGGGAUGUUACCAUUCGGCCAGACUGCACUUCGGCCCUUCAGUGACAUGUUUGGUAUUCUGUUGGUUUUUCCUUGAGAUGUGCAUUGUCUUAGAAGAAACCGAAUCGAACUGAUUCUUGGAAGAAAAACCUAGCUUUCAGUUUUUUUGUCACUUUUUCUAGCUUUUUCUUCCCAUGAAGUACUGGCAAAACGAUUGCGUGAGUUGUUAAACUAAAGCUUUGAGAAAAACUAAGAUUUGACUUUUUUUAAACUUUUCUAGCUUUUUCUUCCCAUGCAGUGUUUGCAAAACGAUUGCGUGGGUUGUUCAAAGCACAGGCCACCCAGAAUCUCGACUGAAAAGACGUAACCUCGGGACAAUAUAAAUGAUCUCUCGCUCGCGCAUCAUUCGAAAUAAAGAGCUUCCUUGCAGUUGUUACAGCUCGAAUUUUAUUAACACAAUGUAUGAAUAUUCGAUGGUUUUUAAACGAUUCGAAAUAAUAAUAGUAAUAAUAAUAAUAAAUUUCUUUCCUUGUAUUUGAGUUGCUUCUUAUUACUGUUUAUUCAAUUCUGAAGUAAGCCAUGCCACUGAGAGAGGAGUUGACAAGGGAGGGGAAUAAGGGAGAGAAGAAAACUGACUUUUCCUCUUCCUUGACCCUUUUACGCAUGCGCUUACCGGGUAGAAAAGAGAGUAACGAGUAUCUUGAUUUCUCACAAACAGGAUAGAGGGGUGAAGGUCGUUGCCAUAGGAGUCGGCCCGAGCGUGGAUAACAAAGAACUGACUGAGAUCGCCAUGGGACAACCAGACAACGUCGUUCACGUACAACAAUUUGACCAACUUGUGUCCAAGCUAGAAGAGAUUGUUCAAAAAUCCUGUGCAUCGAUGAAAUCUAAAGUGGUACAUUACUAA